UUUUCUCCCUCGCGGGUCCUUUCCACGCGCCUAUGGUGCAAUAGAUAGACAAAGUUUAACACACUCAAGCUGCCAAUUCUAUUUCGCUAUAGCAAAAGGGUGAAGGGGAGAGAUGGCGGAGUACGAUGAGCGUGGCAACUGUGCGUCAAAUAUGUAUUUGCCGAGUUGUACAUAUUACGUUUCGGCGCCUGAUUUUUCUUCAGUCUCCUCGUUUUUACCCCAGACUACUUCGUGUCAAAUAAAUUUUCCUUAUUCUUCCAACAUAGCUCAAGUCCAACCUGUUCGAGAAGUGUCUUUCAGAGACUAUGGACUGGAUCACUCAAACAAAUGGCAUUACAGGGGCAAUUACGCGUCUUACUACUCAACGGAGGAGAUAAUGCACCGAGACUUAAUCCAGUCGUCGAACAGGGCGGAAAUGAUAUUCAAAAAUGAUUCCUUGUAUGGCCAUCACGGCGGUACGAGCUCGCCAUGCAAUUUCUUCACAAAUGUCGGCCGAAAUGGGGUUCUUCCACAAGGGUUCGAUCAGUUCUUAGAGACGGUUAACUCUGAGAAGCCCAACCCUGACGACUCAAAACAAAAGACACACUCCAGUCUCCCCGGAGAUGCUGCGUGUAAUAAACAGACUUCAGAUAGGCCUACAUCUGAGGAGUCUAUACGAGACCCAACUGAGGACAUAGACGAAGAUGAUUAUUCGAUAUCAAACUGCGCUGGGGACAAGAACAACGGCCCAAGUUCUUCAAAGUCCAGAAAAAAGAGAUGCCCCUACUCCAAAUACCAGAUCCGAGAACUUGAACGAGAAUUCUUUUUCAAUGUGUACAUAAACAAGGAGAAGCGGCUCCAGUUGUCAAGGAUGUUAAACCUGACAGAUCGACAGGUGAAGAUUUGGUUCCAGAACAGAAGAAUGAAAGAGAAAAAGCUCAACCGGGACCGGCUUCAGUAUUUCACUGGGAAUCCCUUAUUCUGAACCCUACGCAUUUGGAGUCAAUAGUUGCUAAAUGCUUCACAACAUAUUGAAUAAAGAGUUUUUUGGGGGACAUCUCAUAAUCUAUCAAAACAACAGAAGGCGAAACACCUCACAGCAUAAUGAACAUUGCAAACAGGCUGGAUCUAUCUAUGCAAGGCUCUUGGCAUCUGUCACAUAAAUACUUACCUCAAUGAACACAUGAAUCCUGUUAUUUAAAAUAAGAUUCAAUCUAGUGAAGAAAUCCUCCAGGAGACCUCGUCAUAAUGUCCAUUUGUAUAUCAUUAUACUAAUUAAUUAUAAUCUCUAGACUAUGCAUCUUUUUUAUUUAUUUAAGUUUACAUGGUGGCGUUUGGUGGAUACUAAAAUAUUGCAGUAAGCAACGCGUACUUUGAGUAGAUUAAUCAGUCAAGUAGACUACAAUAAGUAAUUUAUAAUAGUAGAAUUAUGUAUGCAUUUAGUAGAAGCAUGUGAUGUAUAUUGUGGUUAUGUGAUAUCAAAAUAAAGUACACAUGGCAAAUGUA